AUGCCCCUCCUCGCCUCCCACACCCUAAUCCUCACGCACUCCCUCGCCUGCCUAACCACCUCCUCCAUCCUCCUCACCAACCCCAUCCUCAUCACCUCCUCUCCUCCGCUCUGGCUCAUCGGCGAAGCGAUGCACAUCCGCGAAACGCCCAGCUUCUCGCAGCCCUCGGAACCCGUCGCCGCGCUCGCCCUGAUGCUCGCCGUCCUCGCAGUCGUGGAGAGCACAUUCGCCGGCGGUCUUUCGGUCAGUACCACCAAAAAGGCAGAUGGGCAGAGCGUACAGGCUUUCGCGGAGAAGGCGGCGAUACUGCACCAUGCGCAGGGGCUGUGGAUGGUGGUUUCGACGGUCAAGACGCUGGUCUUUGGCGUGUUGGUUAUGGGUUCGUAUUUGGGUACGGCGAGGGAGGCCGGGAUCGGGUAUGUGGUUCCCGGCGAUCGGGGGCUGGGCUGGUUCGGGUUGCGCAUGCUGAAUAACCGAGUCACCUUUGUGGGUGCGUUCGCGGAGAUGCUGUUCUGGGGCUAUCUUUGGACGGCGUUGAAGGAUGAGGGGAGGGAGUUGGCCGGUAGGAUUAAGGUCAAGAGGGAGGAGAUCCAGGAGAAAGGUGAUGAGGCUUGGGAUUGA